AUGCCGUCUUUGCGACUGGUGCCGCACCAAGACCCUCGUUCCGCCAGACCAUCAUUAACGUUCACUUCGAUUUCUCGAACCUUGCCUUCUGCUUCCUCCGUCAUCCGCGUUGGAAGAUACUCUGAUCGGGAAGGAAGUGUAAAUCCGGCACCCAACGUGCCAUCAGAUGCGCCAGUUGGCUUCAAAUCAAAGGUUGUGAGCCGAAAGCAUUGUGAAUUCUGGUGCGCAAACGGCCGAUGGCACAUUAAGGAUGUGGGGAGCUCGUCUGGCACAUUUCUCAAUCAUAUCCGCUUGAGUCAACCAAAUUUGGAAUCUCGGCCCUUUCCGGUUAACGACGGCGAUAUUGUUCAGCUUGGAAUAGAUUUUCGUGGCGGAGAAGAAAUGAUAUUCCGCUGCGUCAAAAUGAGAGUGGAAUGCAACAGAGGGUGGCAGAAGUCAUUGAAUAACUUCAACGUAACUACACACAAACGCCUUAGAAAUCUGAGCAAAGGUCUCACAAAGAAAGAUGGGGACACGGCUUCAACACACUCUUCGGAAUGUGCAAUUUGCUUGAUGUCGAUAGCACCUUGCCAAUCUCUGUUUGUCGCCCCUUGCUCUCAUGUAUGGCACUACAAGUGCAUACGCCCGAUACUGUCAGGAUCCAAUUGGCCUCAAUUUUUGUGUCCAAAUUGUCGAGCUGUGGCAGAUUUAGAAGCAGAUGUU